GAGCCUCUCAUCCACUCAGAAGAGAAACGAAAGCAAUGCGGGAGUGCUCCUCUCUCAAUCACCAGCACUGAAACCCUAACCCUAGAUCGACGCCCAUGGCUUCUUUGUUCUCCUCUCCGCUCCCCUCGACCCUCCUUCCAACCCUAUCUACUAAGCCCUAUCUCUCGCUGAAGCACCCAGCCACCUUUCUCUUGUCUCCGCUUAUCAGGAGGCAGUAUUCUUUGUUCCUCGCUAGGUCCUCGGAUGCUAAUGGGGCUGGAGUCGUGGCCGCUGUAGAAGAUAAGGUGGAGACCAAGGAGGUGGAGAAGGAGAGUGGAGAGGGUUUGGGAUCGAAUGGGGCUGCUGCUGCUACUGCAGCUGCAGUAGUGAUUGAGGAGCCGCCGAAGUUUAAGGAUCCGAGAUGGGUUGGUGGGACGUGGGAUUUGAAGCAGUUUGGAAAGGAUGGGAAGACUGAUUGGGAUGCUGUCAUUGAUGCUGAGGCAAGAAGGAGAAAAUGGCUUGAAGAUAAUCCUGAAGCAUCAAGUGAAAAUGAGCCUAUAAUAUUUGACACAUCAAUAAUACCUUGGUGGGCAUGGAUGAAAAGAUAUCACUUGCCGGAGGCUGAAUUAUUAAAUGGCCGUGCUGCAAUGAUCGGAUUUUUCAUGGCAUAUUUUGUUGAUAGCUUGACUGGUGCUGGCCUUGUCGAUCAGAUGGGAAAUUUCUUUUGCAAAACACUGUUGUUUAUAGCUGUAGUAGGUGUUCUAGUAAUAAGAAAGAAUGAAGAUAUCGAAACUGUGAAGAAGCUGAUUGAGGAAACAACCUUCUACGACAAACAGUGGCAAGCUACUUGGAAGGAUGAUACACCUUCGAGCGAUCGAUAGUAAGUAGCUCUCUUAUCAUGGCAUGCCUAUUUUCUUCGUGUUUUUCUUCUACAGUUCAUUUAUCUCUGUGUUCUUCUGUUAUUGUUCAUUUAUCCGGGUCCUUUCUUUUUUGCAUUACUUGCCCUGGCUUACAUUGUUUGAGCUGUACUUCCUUGUGUGUGAAGUCCUGGUUAUAUGAGCAGCCAUAUAUGAAUGCAUUCUUAACUGAUGCCAAAGCUUUUGUUA